GUUUCCUGUGAGGUAGCGCUGUUUCCCAGCAGGCUCAGCGGUGGAAACGCUCGGCCUGUGUGUGGUUUCCUUGCUUUCUAGUUUGUAUCCGGUGCUGCGUCACGAUCGCUCCCGGAGGCCGGGACCGGCGGCGGCAGCAGACGUGGUGGCCGCAGUGGAAGACGACGACGAAGAAGAAGAGGAGGGGGAAGGCGGAGCCGCUGUCGGGGAGGGCGGCUGGAGGCGCAGGUGGUCGCCGUGCUCGGGCGGUCGGUCGGUCCGCGGCACUGGGAGACGGCGCUGAUCUCCCAGUUGCGGCCGCCAGACACACAGCGGUCACGGCCCGGGAAUCUGCUGCAGGCGGCGUAGGCCGCCGCUAUCGGGUUAAGAAAAAGAACAAGAUGUCCAAAAUUCGACGGAAGGUUACAGUAGAAAAUACCAAGACCAUAUCGGAUAGCACAUCACGUAGACCAAGUGUUUUUGAGAGGCUUGGGCCUAGCACUGGUAGCAGCAGUGCAGAGACGCAGUGUCGUAACUGGAUGAAAACGGGAAACUGUUCUUAUGGUAAUACUUGCAGAUUUAUUCAUUCACCGAGAGGAAAAGGAUUUAGUGGAUCUUACAGAAGGUCACCAGAUAGGCCAACCGGAGAUCUCCGUGAGCGAAUGAAAAAUAAGCGCCAAGACGUUGAGACGGAGCCACAAAAACGCUCUGCUGAAGAACAAGCCUCCCCCUCCCGGAAAGAGUCUUCCAGGGGAAGACACAGAGAAAAGGAAGAUAUCAAAAUUACUAAAGAGCGAACUCCAGACAGUGACGAGGAGGGUGGUGAAUGGGAAACCACUAGAGAAGUAGAUUCAGAUAACGGUGAUGGCAGUUAUGACUAUGACCACGAAUUGUCAUUGGAAAUGAAGCGUCAGAAGAUUCAGCGAGAAUUAAUGAAAUUGGAACAGGAGAACAUGGAAAAGCGAGAAGAGAUUGUCAUAAAAAAAGAGAUUUCACCUGAAGUUGUAGCAAAAAUGUCUCCCUCACCAAGUAAAUCUAGCAAGUCUCCAAAACGAAAGUCCAGCCCAAAGGCCAAUAACCCCACCAGCAAGAAGGAAAAGAAGACUUCCUCAGGAGUAUCUCCACCUCCUUCAGAUUUACCAACCAGACAUUCCAAAGGAGCUCAGAGCAAGAAGAAAGGACCCCGGACUCCAAGUCCACCACCCCCAGCUCAAGAAGAAGUUCCUGUUUCGAAGAAACAUAAAGAUAAGCAUAAGACAAAGGAUCGUGUUGAGGAAAGAGUCAAGGAUGUAAAGGAAAGAGGCAGGGAUGUUGAGAAGCACAGAGACCGAAAAGACAGGCAAAGGGAUACUUCAGAAGGAUCUCAUAGGCAGAAAAGGUCUCCAAGCCCAGCUGAGCGCUCAGGCAGUAAUUCUUCCCAUUCAAGAGACUACUCUCCACCUACAUCCCGAAGGCGCCACACAUCAUCGCCAACACCUGUCAAAUCCUCCUCUCACAAGCAUGGCAUCUCCCCUUCCCGAAGGUCAGUUUCUCCUGCUGCACGUCAUCACUCUCCCAUAUCAUCAAGACAUCAUUCUCCAUCAUCACAGUCUGGAUCCUCUGUACAGAGACACUCUCCCUCCCCUCGUCGCAGAAGAUCUCCAUCCCUUCCUUAUCACAGGACCUCCUCACCUGCUGGAAGGCGCUCCUCCUCUCCAUAUGGUACUCAUGGAUCAUCUCCUCAGAGGAGACGAAGUCAGUCCAAACAUCACUCCCCAGCUAGAGAAAAAGGAAGACCCGAGAGGGAGAGAACGUCUGCUUCCCAGGACAGGCGGCACGACAGGAGGGAUGACAGCAGAGGAAGAAAGGACAAAGACAGAGAGCGCGAUGAUAGAGAUCAUGAUCGGGAACCAAGUAGUUCCAGAGAGCACAGAGAUGACAGAGAAUCUCGCGAUGGUCGUGAUCGCAGAGACAUAAGAGACAAUCGUGAUCGAAGAGAAACUAGAGAAACCAGAGAAGGCCGUGAGGCCAGAGAUAGCCGGGACUACAGAGAUGGUAAAGAAAACCGUGAGCAGAAAGACACUCGGCCAGCCCGCGACACACAUGAUUACAGAGAAAGAGAUAACCGUGAAUCCCACCGAAAGGAUGAUCAGUAUGAAGAUCGAAGUUACAGAAGAAGCCAUGGGCGAGAAGAUGCUUCCCGAUCUGAAACACGAAAUGAGAGCAGAAAUGACUCCAGAAGUGAUACCAGGAAUGAUCGCAAUGGCCGGUCAAGAGUGCGUGCUCCUGACCCUCCUGAAAAAGCUGGUCGUGGAACAAGAGCCUCCCAGGUUGAUAACCACAGUAGCAGCAGUUACCAUGACAACUGGGAGUCCAGGAGUAGUUAUGCAGAUAGAGAACGAUAUGACAGUCGGGAGCAGGGAAGAGAUUCUUCAUUUGAUCGUAGACAUGGGGAUCGAGAUCGUCGAGAGAGAGAUCAAAGACCAACAUCUCCUCCAGCACCUCACAGAGGAAGGAAUGAUGAUGAGCGUGAAGAAAGAAGAGAUGAGCGCAGAGUUGACCGAACAGAUGAUAGGAGGGAUGACAGAACUAGAGAGCGUGAGCGAGAAAGGGAGAGGGAGCGUGAGAGAGAACAGAGGGAAAGAGAGAGAGAAAAAGAGAGAGAGUCUGAACGCGAGAGAGCUCGUGAGCGUGAGAGAGAAAAAGAGAGAGAACGGGAAAGAGAACGAGAAGAACGCGAGAGAGAACGAGAACGUGAAAGGGAGCGAGAGAGAGAACGGGACAGAGAGCGCGAAAGAGAACGGGAGAGAGAGCGUGAAAGAGAACGAGAGAGGGGCAGAGAGCGAGAAAGAGAGCGUCCAAGAGACUGGGAUGAAAAGGACAAAGGAAGAGAAGAUCGUAGAGAGAAAAGGGAUGAAGUACGGGAAGAAAGAAGUCUAAAAGAUGCCCAUGAAGAUAGGAAAACCAAAAAGCGGCAUAGAAAUGAAAGCAGCCCAAGUCCACGUCAGUCUCCAAAGCGCCGUAGAGAACACUCUCCAGAGAGCGAUACUUACAACAGUGGUGAUGAGAAGAAUGAGAAACACAGGCUCUUAAGUCAGGUUGUCCGACCCCAAGAGUCUCGUGCUAUAAGCCCUGCACAUGUAUUGGAAGAAAAACCGGCUCGCUGGAAGGAAGAUGAUCGUAAAUCUGACCGAAAAGAAGGUUCCAAGCGCUAUGAGGAGCCAGAAGUUAAAGAGCGAGUAUCUGCUUCAGAAAAACAGAAGGAGCUCUUGGUAGAUGCUGAUAUCUCAAAGACAAAAGACAUUGAUAACCCAGUGCAACAUAAGCAAGAAGAAAAGGAGAUUUCUGAUAAACUGCAUGAUGACAAAACCAAGAAGAAAAUGCUUAAGAAAACUGUAAAGAAGAAAAAAGAUGAAGAAAUUUUAGUUGAAAAAAUUGUCACAGAAUCUCCAAAAGAAGAAGUAAAAGUAUUUUCACCCAAGAAGGCUAUCAAAAAGAAGAAUCUGGAGAAGAAGCGAAAGAAGGGUGAUUCUGAUGUCUCUGAUGAAGAACUCGCUGUACAACCCAAUAAGAAAAAGAAGGGCCCCAGGACCCCACCAGUUAUAGUGGCUCCAGUUCCUAUAGCAGCUCCUUUAAAAGAGGAACUUCCUGAGGUAUUGCCAGAAAAGAUUACGGUUGAACCAACCCAAACCACAUUCAGUGACUGGUCAGAUGAGGAUGUACCCGAUAAAAGUGAAGCUUUCAUUCCAGAUAGAAACACAGAAGAGCCAAUUAAAAAGCCAGUAAAACUCAAAGUGGAGAAAGAAGAGCCCAAACUUACAGCUGUGGAGGAACCACCUAGUCGUAAGCUUCCUGAACCGAAACGUAGCAGUAGCAUAUCUAGUAACCAGAGUCGUACCUCCGGUCGUAUCCGAUCUCCAUCUAUUGACUCGGUUCACCGCAGUGGAGAUGAUCCGGUUGCUAGAAGGAAAAUUUUACCUGGAGGCUCUAAAGACAGAGAACGAACUAAAAGUAAUGAGCCCUCUGGUGAACGCAAGUCUAGAAUUGAUCAGCUAAAAAGGGGAGAACCUAGUCGCAGUACUUCAUCAGGACAUGCGAUCGGGUUGCAGCCACACAUCCCAACACGGCUUUCAGAUGGCAGGGAUUCUAGAAGUCAUAGCUCGCGAAGAAGUUCACCCGAUUCUGAUCGUCAGGUACAUUCAAGAUCUGGAUCUUUUGACAGCCGUGAAAGAGCCCCUGACAAAGAUCGAUACGAGCAUGAUCGGGACAGGGACCGUGAUAAGGAUCGUGAUCGUGAAAGGAGAGAUGUUAGGCCACGAGAGUGGGACAGAGAAGCUGAUAAAGACUGGCCAAGAAAUAGAGAGCGAGAUCGAAUAAGAGAUCGGGAUAGAGACCGAGAAAGAGACAGAAGGCAAAACCUGGAAAGAGAGCGGGAGAAAAUUAUUCCUGAUACUAUGGAGAAAGAGAGAACUAAACUUGCUGACAUCCCCACAACAACCGAGCAGAAACGAAGUGACGUAAAAGAGAGAGACAAUGAUAAAGGCCUUGAGGCUUCCAGUCGAAACAACGCCUCUCUGGACAGAGGGGACAGAGACACUGAAACUGUUCAAGAUGUGAUCACUAACCGUAAAACAGAAAAAAAUGAAAAUAUUGAAGGGGAUCAGUUAUCUAAGCUUGUUGAAGAUCAGUCUGACGGAUCUGUGGCUGGAGAAGAGUAUGAGCCAAUCAGCGAUGAUGAGCUUGAUGAAAUUCUAGCUGAUGAUGCUGAAAAGAAGGAAGACCAACAGGAUGAUGAAAAGAUAUCAGAUCCUCUGGAUGCAAUUGAUGUGGACUGGUCUAGUCUAAUGCCCAAGCAGGCAAUGGAACCUCGUGAAUCUGGCGCUGCCCUCCUGAAAUUCACACCUGGCGCUGUGCUACUGCGAGUUGGCAUUUCAAAACGUUUAGCUGGGCCCGACUUGUUCAAUAAAGUUAAAGAAACUUGCCAGCAAGCUAUAGAAAAACCUAAUGAAGCAGAAAACUUGUUUGAACAUGAGCUCGGAUCUCUAAACAUGGCUGCACUACUCAGAAGAAGGGAGAGAGCUGGCUUACUCAGUAAACUUGGGCCCUGUUGUAAAGCUCUGUGUUCUAGAAGGGACUUGGCAAUUCGUAAGCAACUUGUGCAAAAUGAAAAGGGCACUGUGAAACAGACUUACUCGAAUCCUCCAUUGGUUGACAGUGAGCUUCUAAGAUUAAGUUUGCGUCUCUUCAAAAGAAAAACGGCAGCUUCAUAUCCGGAAAGGACUGAUGAUUUCAGACAUUCUGUACCAAACAAAAAGACAGAGACUUGUGUUUCCUAAUUCCCCUUAAGACUGGUUGUGAUCAUAAACUUUGAAUGUGUCUCACUAAACAAUGUGCAGCCAUUUUUAAACUUGACCUACUUCACGACCCUCUUAUGAAAAGUAAAGAUUUGUUUUAUAUUA